AUGGAUACUGAUGCUCGUCGCAAAGGUUAUCCGCCCAGGCUCGCCCUGAGCCCACCAACAUCCUCCGCUUCAAUCACCGAAGGAAGCAGUUCGGGCACUCCGCCCUUGACUCGUGAAUCCUCUCCGUCGCCAUCAAUCUCCCCUACGCCUGCUCUUUUCGCUUGCCCGCCGCUGAGCCGGUCUUUCUCCGCUAAUUCAUGCUCGGAUUUCUCUUCAUCUGCCUCCACCAUCUCACAGCCGUCCGUCACUUCGAGAUCUUCCUCAGCAUCUGCUGCUUUACGGAAAAGAGGCUAUGUACGACCUCAGGGCGUUACAUUUGCUCCUUCUGCUAGCAACAGGGAAAGUGUGCUGAGUCUCGGGAGCAUCGCUCAUCUGCAGUAUUACUUUGCCAGAACUGGGCUCUUAGAUGGAAAGGGGGGUCAGCUAGCCAAAGAUGAGAGGGGCAAGCCUGGCUCAGGCGCUUCCUGGCGCGAUGUCACUCCACAAGUACGCACUUAUUCUGAUGGCAGUUCGGACAUGGGAGAUUGGACAGAUCCGAUUGCAAAAGGCAUCGAACAGACUGAGGAGCCAGUGAUGCUUCCACCAACCGUCAGUACAUACAGCCACCGUACACCCUACAUUCCGCCCCCACCGGACCCUGAAUCCUUGCGCAACGACCUUGUUUCAGCCCUUGCGGACGCGAAGAAGGCCUUGCAGCAAGCCCUGGCAGAGGCGAGCGAGCAGAUUGGGCAAGUGGUAGAUUUAGAGCACGAAAGCAAUCUACAAACCCCGAUUCUGAGCGGCGAAUCCUCAGGUUGGCAUGAGAUCCAAGGCUUGAACAUACUUGAUCUUGUCACGUUGGCGAUCCAUGCAGCGAAGAUUUAUUACACUUCACACGAGAAUCCUAUGCGUUUGUACAAUAUCAAGUCAGAAAGACAGAUACGAAACGAGCUUCUGAGUGUUAUGGACGUGCUAAAGAGAAUGGCCAGCCGUAAUUUUGCCGGCGGGAUGCGCAGCGAUGAGGCAAAGGUCAUCUCCGAUUGGGUGAUGGGGAUUGAGGACUUCCUUGAACAGGAGCGGAAUCUGGAAACACAAGAGGCGAAACAGCGUGCAGGCUGGACCUGGCUAGAGAACACUUGGGGAGGACGUUCACGCGAAAGGGAACGAGCGUUUCUUAGCUCCUUCGUCGAAAUGGAUGAGUUGCCAGAAUGGACAGAAAUCGACCCGUCUAAUCCUCAGCCUACAGCUUUUACUGAGGCUCUACGGACAGGACUUUCCCUCGUACAUCUUCACAAUACCUUGCUCAAGAAAUCGAAAAGGCAAUUCGGUGAAAUCAAACAAUUUCACACAGAUCUUGCUAAACCGUAUCGCUGUGCUGAAAAUCUCCGGUAUUGGAUCAAAGCAGCUGAACUCCGGUGGGAGACAAAGCUAAGGGUCAAUGUCUCCGGCGUUGUGAAUGGCAAGAUCGAGGCCUAUUCCGAUUUUGAUAUCGCAAUCCUUCAAUGGAGUCAAGCGGUGAGGGAAGAGCUGACUCGAGAAUGGCAGGAGCCUGACAACAGGCCAUCGCUUCCACACGCCUUCUCCACAAACCAUUAG